UUUCACCUAUCCGUCACCCAAUCGUUCGUUUGACGGCACACCCAGAUUCCCCUAUCUCCAAUACACCAACAAGCCAACUCCUGCCCUCUUUAAUUCCUUAAAUUAGUCCCGAUUUGCGCUUAAAAUUCACAUUUUGGGGCUUUAAUUUGCUGAAGUUCGAAUCUUUUUGCGUUAUUAUCAGAAUACUGGAGUAAAGGCCUUGUCUUGUUGAUCCUAUCCUUCCAUAUUUUGGCUUCUGGAUUUGGAGUAGUUGGGGCUUGCUAUGGCUCUGCAACUCAGCAGUGCAGGGUUUUGCCUCUUCCGUGGCAGGAGAGCUCUUACGACGAGAGCCGUGGCCUCUGAGAACGUUACAACGUUGAAAGAAGAGGACAAAGUGAAGCUGGGAGGAUCGGAUGUGAAGGUCAGCAGGUUGGGGAUUGGUGCUUGGUCGUGGGGAGACACCAGCUACUGGAAUAACUCCGGAUGGGAUGAUCGGACGCUGAAGGCAGCUAAGGCGGCUUUUGAUGCAAGCAUAGAUGGUGGAAUAACCUUCUUUGAUACAGCUGAAGUCUAUGGUGCAGCGUUCACAGGAGCAGUGAAUUCAGAAACUUUACUUGGAAGCUUCAUUAAGGAGAGGCAACAAAAAGAAUCAGUUGAGGUAGCUGUGGCAACAAAAUUUGCAGCUUUGCCAUGGAGGUUUGGCCGGGGGAGUGUCCUCUCUGCUCUCAAAAGUUCACUUUUUCGUCUUGGCCUUUCGUCAGUUGACCUCUACCAGCUUCAUUGGCCAGGUAUUUGGGGGAAUGAAGGAUACAUUGAUGGACUUGGAGAUGCUAUUGAACAGGGCCUCGUAAAGGCUGUUGGAGUCUCAAAUUACAGUGAAAAGCGUCUUCGAGGUGCUUAUAAUCAACUCAAGAAGCGGGGAAUUCCACUAGCUUCAAACCAAGUAAAUUACAGUCUCAUAUAUAGAAAUCCUGAGAGAAAUGGUGUGAAGGCUGCUUGUGAUGAGCUGGGGAUCACCUUGAUUGCGUAUUCUCCUAUUGCUCAAGGUGUCCUGACUGGAAAGUAUACACCAGAGAAUCCACCAACAGGCCCUAGGGGCCGGAUUUACACUCCUGAAGUCCUCAAAGAGCUACAACCACUGCUGACUAGGAUUAAAGAGAUAGGACAGGGUUAUGGCAAAAGUCCCACGCAGGUUGCCCUAAACUGGUUGACAUGUCAGGGGAAUGUUGUGCCUAUCCCUGGAGCCAAAAAUGCAGAACAGGCUAAGGAGUUUGUUGGUGCUCUUGGGUGGAGGCUCACAGAUCAAGAGGUUGAGGAGCUUCGCUCGCUUGCAUCCAAAACCAGACAAGUUAUUGGAUUCCCCAUUGAAAGAUUGUAACUCAACAAUCAUAAGAAAUAGAAUGCUUAUACACAAUUAUAUGACAUCUUGUACCAUACAUACUUGCUCAUAUACUAUUCCAUGAUGCAACUAUGAUGUCAAAUAAUAGAUUUCAUUUGCAGAUAUUUACAAAUGGAAGGCCAUUACUUGUGGUGUGCUGGCCUAUUAAUUGUUAGGUACUUGGGUUUGGAACUAUAAAUCUUAGUAAAGAUACAUGUGCUAUCGUAUAAUGAUUAA